GGAAAGGGCAGAAAAUCUACAAGGACGCUCUUAUUGUUUUUUCAAAUCUUGCUAUUUACUACAAUGACGGAAACGCAACGAGGAUGGCUGCACUGGUCGUUUUGGACUGUAACCCUCGCCGGCGUGGCGAUACUUGUGCAACUGCAUUACGCCGCCGCCGUGUCGGUGGACUUGUCCGACACUGUGCAGCGCAACCACAACAUCUAUUUUGGUGAAUACGGAAGCCCAAAGGGAGACAGAGGCAACGCUGACGACGGGGCUGCUGCAUCGAUGACGGCGCGGUACAUUCAGCUCAGCAACGGCUCCCGCUUUGCGUGUGAGACAACCGAGCUUGAGCACCACGACCCCGCGGCACCAGGACUUGUUCCUUUGAACAUGGCAGUGCAGUCCGCGAUUCACUCCAUCACGGACGGGAAUUUGCCUUGCACACACGUCGUGCAGGAGCAGUACUCCAUCGUGCUGUGCUGGGACCGCGAGGUGCGACUCGACAUCAUAGCUGCGCAGACGACGCGCGUGGUGGGUCGACACAGCUUAGAUGAGCCGCAGGAGUACUGGGUCGGCCACGACUCCUUCGGCCCUUACGCCGCCACCGUCUACGGCAAUGGAGAGGAGUGCGUGUAUAACAAACAGCCCACGGUGACGGAGGUCCGGUUCUACUGUCGCUACACGGAGUUCGAGAACCCAAUCCCGUUUUUGACCAUAUACGAGGCGGCCCAGUGUCAUUUUGUGUUGCGCGCCAUGUCCAGCAAGUUUUGCUCCAUCCCGCGAUUAGACCAUGCCAUUGAAACGGAAACAGUGCACUGCCGCAUGCUGGACUGA